AUGACUCGAGGAGAGAACCGACGAGGAAAGGUUGGUCGUGCUUGUCAUUGGUGUCGAAAGGCUCAUCUUCGGUGUGAUAUGAAACGGCCGUGUGAGCGGUGUACCAAGAAGGGACUGGAGUGCAUUGAAGCAACUGAUCAACCACUUCCGAAGCCAGCCAAAAACAACAAUACAGCAUCAUCAACAACUAGGAAGCGAAAACAAAAUCCAACCGAGUCAUCGGAGAAGGCAUCAAAUCAUCACACUCAAUCAUCAUCAUCUUCAACAAGGAAGAAGCGGAAUACACAACCUCUAAAAGCAAAACCAAUAGUACCACAAGUACCAAACCUGUUACAAGACAUACCAAAAGAAGGGCAAGCAUGUUUGCAAGAUAAAUAUUACUACAAUCUCGAUAGAUAUCAACAAUUGUUAGAGGACAAAAUGUCUAAAAUUGCAAAAUUUUGCUAUCUUGACGAUAAUUAUGAAAAAGUUGAAGUUGAUGAAUGUAAGAAAUAA